AUGGCGACGGAGAAAAGCAAGAUUCUGGUGAUCGGAGGAACUGGUUACAUCGGGAAAUUCAUCCUCGAAGCCAGCGCGAAAUCCGGCCACCAAACCUUCGCUCUUGUUAGAGAAGCAUCUCUCUCGGAUCCGGUCAAGGGCAAAAUCGUCCAGAGUUUCAAAGAUCUCGGUGUUACAAUACUACACGGAGAUGUGAACGACCACGAGAGCCUAGUAAAGGCAAUAAAACAGGUCGAUGUGGUUAUAUCCACACUUGGAAGCAUGCAAAUCUUGGAUCAAACCAAAAUCAUUUCCGCCAUUAAAGAAGCUGGCAACGUCAAGAAAUUCUUGCCGUCUGAGUUUGGGACAGACGUGGACCGGACAAGUGCGGUUGAGCCGGCGAAAUCGACUUUUGCGGGGAAAGUACAAAUCAGGAGAGCUAUAGAAGCAGAAGGAAUACCAUACACUUACGUUGUUAACAAUUGCUUUGCCGGUUAUUACUUGCCGACAUUGGUUCAGUUCGAGCCUGGUCUAACUUCUCCUCCUAGAGACAAAGUCACCAUUUUGGGUGAUGGAAAUGCCAAAGCUGUGAUCAACAAGGAGGAAGAUAUUGCUGCUUACACGAUUAAGACAGUGGAUGAUCCUAGGACUCUUAACAAGAUCCUUUACAUUAAUCCUCCUAACAACACUUUAUCGAUGAACGAAAUGGUCGCCUUGUGGGAGAAAAAGAUCGGAAAGUCCCUUGAGAAGAUUCAUAUCUCUGAGGAACAAGUGCUCAAAAGCAUCCAAGAGUCUCCGGUUCCCAUUAAUGUUCUUCUUUCGAUAAACCAUGCGGUUUUUGUGAAAGGAGAUCAGACCAAUUUCACUAUAGAGCCUUCGUUUGGUUUUGAAGCCUCUAAGCUUUACCCUGAUGUCAAGUACACUAGUAUUGAGGAGUAUCUCAGUCAAUUUGCUUGA